GGAGGAGAUGAGCAAAUAUGUGCAGGAGCCAUCCAUUAUUAAUUUUCUUUGUUUUCCAAACCACUACUUUCCACGAUUAUGGUGCUGCCACGUGCGACGCACGUGCCACCGCCACUUCAUAACUCUAAAUUCAACUUCAACUUUAAUGUCGUCGUUUUCUCAACUGCUGCACGCUUCAUCUCAACUCUUCCGACUAUGGAAUCUUCGGACGACGUCGCCAACUUGCGCUCCGAGUUUCUGCAAGUUCUCCGCAGUCGAAGAAUUGCUCAAGUUUAUCGUUCUAUUGAACCUGCACAACCUGUCCAGCAUCCGUUGUAUCAAGAACUGCCAAAGCCAACUUUCAGUGAGGCAAUGGAGUCUUGUCCGAGGAAAGAAAUUCCCAAUUUUAAAGAACUUCUUCAAGAGGAGAACUUUUACCUGACUACUGAGGAAGGGGAGCAAGGGCGUUUGCCUGUUCUAUUACUGAAAAUGAGAGCCAGCAGUCAGAAGAGAAGGGCAGCAAUUGUUUUCCUACACAGCACACAUAAAUGCAAGGAGUGGCUGCGGCCUUUGCUAGAGGCAUAUGCUUCAAGAGACUAUAUUGCUGUAGCCAUUGAUUCUCGCUACCACGGGGAGCGUGCCAAAAACUUAACUACCUACAAAGAUGCUCUCGUCACAUCCUGGAAAAAUGGGGAGACAAUGCCUUUCAUAUAUGACACGGUAUGGGAUUUGAUAAAAUUGGCAGAUCAUCUUUCUGAAAGGGAAGACGUGGAUCCUCAUAGGAUAGGAAUAACUGGUGAAUCCCUUGGAGGAAUGCAUGCCUGGUUUGGUGCUGCUGUAGAUACUCGCUAUUCGGUUGUUGUCCCUAUAAUUGGUGUUCAGGGGUUUCGGUGGGCAAUCGAGCAUGAUAAGUGGCAGGCUCGAGUUGACAGCAUCAAGGAUGUAUUUGAAGAAGCAAGAACUGACUUAGGAGAAAGUACAAUCACUAGAGAAGUAGUGGAGAAGGUAUGGGAUAGAAUAGCACCUGGUUUGGCCUCCCAUUUUGAUUCACCCUACACAAUUCCUGUAAUUGCGCCACGCCCGCUACUGAUUUUGAAUGGUGAAGAUGAUCCUCGUUGUCCUGUGGGUGGAUUGGAACUUCCAGAAUCGAAAGCAACACAGGCAUAUAGAAAGGCUGACUCAGUCCAAAACUUUAAGGUGGUACUGCAACAAGGAAUAGGCCAUAAGAUGACACCUUUGAUGGUCAAACAAGCAAGUGAUUGGUUUGAUCAACAUCUUUAAUCCUGUGAGUAUUAUUAAUAUUUACCAAAUUCAUACUCUGCUACUCUCUCAUUGUAUUCUACAUCCUAAGUUAUGAACCACCCCAAUUGGCUCGGUGCACAAUAUUGAUUGCAAAAAUAGUAAACAUAAAAUACCGAAAGCCAAAAAGUCCAUAAUCAAGCCAACCAAAAUCUUCCUUAUCAUUCCCACCACGGCUAGACAGUCUUUGCAUGCCUGAAUUUUGACAUGUCCACAAGAUCUUCAAACAGCCUGUCCUCUGGCCUAGAAGCAUUUUCCGAUCCCGAUGACGGAGGAGACGAGGUGGCAGCAAGUGAGCCCCUCAGAAAUUGUCGGGGGAUGCCUUGCCGAACAAACUGUAUAUGUUGCGGAUACCCAUAGCCAUAAGCACAGCCGGUGCUGGGGCCAAAGCUAACCAUCUGGCUGCUUCCGUACAUCUGUUGAGGAUACACAUAACCCGUCGGGCCAGCCUGCAUUG